ACUUACAAUGGAAACGCUUUUGUGGAAAAUUCAAAGCGAAGAAAGCGAGCCACAUGCUUUGGUCUCCUAUACUCUCCUUCUCACUUCUUCCUCUUCUUUCUUAUCCUAUUUGUACCAUUCCUCUUUAUAAAUAAUCCUUCUUACAUGUCUAUACUCGAACAUAUACUUUUCCAAGAACCCUAAAAUCCCGAGAAAAAAUUAAAGCAAAAAAGUAAAGGGAACCUAGUUUUUAUCAUGGCUAGGCAAAUAAUGAUCACAGUUGAGUCGUCAAAGAAGAAAGUGGGUGGAAUUGUGAAGCUCAAGAAUGUUGUAGAGAGGUUGGUGCAGAUUAAAGGCUUUUCCUCGGCCAAGAAACCCUGUUCCGAGGAGUACGGCCGUGAUUGUGUCCCAAAAGAUGUGAAGGAAGGUCAUGUUGCGGUGAUAGCCGUUGAUGGAUAUCAUGAGGCUACACAGAGAUUUGUUGUCCCACUAAUGUUUCUAGAACACCCGAUGUUCAGGAAGCUUCUCGAACGGGCGGAGGAAGAGUAUGGGUUCAAUCACGAUGGAGCACUCAUGGUACCAUGCCGGCCAAGCCACCUCCGGAAGAUAUUGACCGAACAAUGGUGUUAGAACUUUUAUUUGUAGUGAUUAUAUACAUGGUCUACUUGAUAUGAUAUAAUAAAACUGGAUUCGUUACAAGAGGGACUACUCUAAAGCAUUCAUUCUAGUGUUUAACUAUGCGUUGGGGGUAUAUGUUUCAAGAAAAAAAAAACUAUGCUAUGUUUGGGUAUCUAACGAUAAAUUUAUCUUAUCACACCUUAAACUUGCAUCUCGACAGUUAAGAUGCAAAUCAUCCGGCGAAAUUGAUAUGUCAUAGUUUUAACUAACCUCAAAAAACUGAAUUGUUUUAGUAAAAUGACCUAAAACUCAGUGUUUUAGUAUAUUUUUUUCAUAUUUUAAACAACAGAUUAAAAGUGUGCUGUUUAGUGCUCUUCGACUUUAGUUUGACUUGGGAGGUCUUUUCAUAUACAACUUUGUUUUGUUGGUCAUUUUAUUUCGGUUUGUUUACUCAGAUAACUUCAAGUUUGAAUAAUAUAAUAGUUGUUCGUUGUAAAAAAAAAUACUUCAGUUCGACUAUUUUUGUGCUUGAAACGGUAUUUAGUCAAAACUAGCUUGCAUAUUAUUUUUCAUAUCUUUUUUUUUUAGUAAAAAUGUUAUAAUUAUCACUACCAAUUUUUAGUUAUUGACCGAACUACAAACAUAAAUCUAUCUUGCUAGCUCUUUCGACAUAUGUUAUGUCGACUUUCUUGCUCUCGCUGGAGAUAUAUGAAAACCUCGCAAGUGCUAUUGCACAAUUCUUGUCGAGCUCAAAUCCACCAAAAAAAGAAGUUCAUUGAACAAAAUGGGAAAAAAACUCUGUUUACCAAGAAAGAAGUGUGAGAUUGGUUUAUGUACGAUCUAUGAGUUCAACAUGGCUUUACUAGCAAAACAACUAUGGAGACUAGUUCAAUUCCUGAUUCGUUAGUGGCUCGAGUUUUGAAGAGAAGAUACUACAUAAUAAGUUUGCUUUUACGAACAAUAUAUGCAAGUAGCCCAUCCUAUGUGUGGACUAGUAUUUCAGCGGCACGAAAACUACUAUUUUGGGGAAUUUAACAGAAGAUACAUUUGGGAUACAAAGUCAGAGUGUGGGAGGACCCGUGGAUCCCCACUACACCAGCUAGGCAUGCUUGACCCUCUGCCCCAGUAUUGCAUCCGAACAUGAAAGUCUUCGACUUUAUUAAUCAAGAAUUGAAGAAAUUAGAUGUUUGAUUACUGGAAGAUUAUGUUACCCAAACUGAUAUACUUCUUAUAAGGAGUUUUGCCAUAAACUCGACUCAUCGUCGUGAUACAUUAUGCUGAAACUACACUAAAAAUGAAUAAUACACGGUUAAAUCUGAAUACUGGGUAGCUCAAAACUUAUUAAAGAAUGAGGAAGAGACUGAGGUUAUGGAGCCUAGUAAAACCAAGCUCCAAGCCUUUGCUUGGAAAGUAAAAGCACCUCCGAAUAUAUGUCAUCUUAUGUGGUAACUGAUAACAUGACAUGUGGAUGUAAGGCGAAAUCUGAAAAGCCACAAUAUGAGAUGCAACAACUAUUGUCUCAUAUGUGGGGAACCAGAGGAAACUGUUAUUCAUGCGAUAUUUGAAUGCCCUCCAACUCAAGAAUGGUCCAUAUCAGCAACACCAUCUAUCCCCAACAUUUUUUCAUUACAAAGUAUUUAUGCCAAUAUGGACUACCUCUUCUGGAAAAAGAAUAGCAUUGUUGAACCCGAACUAGACAGAGAUCCUUAUCUCUGGCUAAUCCGGUAUAUCUGGAAGGCUCAUAAUGAUACAUUAUUUGGGGGGACUGACAGAGAUCCGUUGGAGUUAGUCUGAUAUGCAGAGAGUGGAUGUCAAGCAUGGUUUAAUGCAAAUGAAAUGAUCAUUCCUGCUCCACAAGAGCAUAGUGGGGCGAAGAAUUCCAGAUCAUAAGCCUGGCUAAUAUAUGCAUGGUAGAUGGUUCAUAUACUUCCACAACACAAUUCAGUGGUUGUGGAUGAGUUUGGAAGAUAGUUUUGGAAAGAUUCAGCUAAGGAGACGAGAGACUGCUUUAUAUUUGAAAGUAGAAGCAUUGCGAUGGGAAUGGAAAGUAUGCUUCAACAUUCGUCAUUUCAUCACUUUGGGACUAAUUGCAAGGAUCUGACUCACCAUGGACAUAUUCUCAAAACCAGAGGGCUGACCAGCAAACGUAACAAAAAGGAGAUAAUGAAGCACAUCCGCAAGGAGAAAGACCAUAGGAAACUCGCAGCGGCGAACCACCACAAGCGCUACGAGAGAGAGGAGGAAGGCAUAGAGGAAUCACUUUAACAAAGAAAAAAAACAAAGCUCUAGAUGACUCGUUGUCCUAAACCAGGUUGAAGGUGAAUGCACUAAAAUCAUGAACUGUCGGCUUGCCAUUCAACGAGAACCAGAGAGCCAUGGAACACGCCGACGUGGAACAAAUCACGAUGCAACCUCCCGAGCAUAAGCAGGCCGAGAGACCGCUUUUGACGAGAUACCAAGCGAAAGCGAGAACACGCGCUGCUGCACCACUUUACUGGGACACCGGAAUGAGAGAAUAGCAGCUAGACGAAGAGAUCUAGGACGAAGGAGCGACCUCAUGAAAUCACGCGCCGUCAAGGAGGAGCCCUCCAGCAUCGAGGAGAAACUAGGAGAAAGUGAAAGACAAAAAGGAAGACGAGAUGAGGGAAACAAGGAGGAGUCCUCAAGCGUUGGAGAAAGCACGACUCACCGGAAAUAAACAGUGAAUGAGCAAGAAAAGAGAGUUUAGAGAGUUUAAUGAUUUUAUAUCUUUGUUUGGUAACAGGACCCUAGAAUUAAAAUACAAUGUUCUCACUAUUAUUAUUUUGUGACACGUGUGUAAAACAUAACAAUGUUUAAUAUGUUAACCCUCGGAAUUAAACCACCUAUUGUUUCAAUGCAACUUAUGAUGUAAGGAUACCAAGCUAGGCACAAACACGCCUCGACGUCUUAACGGAGACUUUGUCCACUUUACAACUUUUUUUUUUUGAAACUUAUCUUUUUCACUUUACAACUUAUUGAUACUUUAAAUACAGGCUUAAAUAGUAACUUUAAUUUGUACAAAUGAUUAAUCAAAAUGAAAGUGGGGCAGAUAUUUUUUCUAGCUUUUGGUUCAAGCUGAUAACUCUACAUUGGUAGCGCUGCGCAGGAAAAGUAAAAGUUGAUGUGGAGAGGAGAUAUGAAACGUCACUCAUGGUUUUGAAUACUGUAGAUAUCUAUGUUCCCUAUUAAAUAUAUAUACUGAUAUUUACAUAAAUGUAAGUUGACAGUUGGACAAUGUACAAAAGCCAAUAGAGAAGGUAGGACAAUGUACACUAAUCCGUACUUGUUGUUUCUCAAUCAGUGCACCCACGAAACAUGACCUGGGUGCAGUUCUGCCUGGGUGGACCGGUCUAAAAUGGGCACUAUUUUAAAGUUUAAUCGCCUAUAUAAAUAUAUAAUAAGAUUCGAUUCUUAAUUUUCUUGAUUUAAAAUUCAAAUAUAAUAGUGGUGUGUUUUCUUCAAACGAAAUCACAUCAUAUGUGGUGUUUUCUCAAAUAGAAAUCACAAUCAGUCCUCCACAAUUGCGGUGUUCAAAUAAGGUUAGAUUUAUUUUUACAGUCAUAGUGAUUUUUUAUUUUUUCUCGAAUGAAUCAAAAUCUUAUUUCGAAUAGGUAAGACCAAGUUGACAAAAAAAAGGAUACACCAUGUAUAUGAAAGCCAUGGAUCGAGUUUCCCCUUCUAUAAACCAUCGUGGUUUUCUAUUAGUCACUAUGGACGCCUAAACUACCAAAAUUAUACUUUUUUUUUUUUGCAGAAAAAAAAAAAUUAUACAUGUUUCCUUUACCUUUUGAUACCAAUUUGGAUUGUGGUUUGGGAUGUAAGUAAAUAUGUAGCUACGCUCGGCGUUUCCUGUACUAUAUAACCGCGUUAUAAACACGAAACAAAGUCAAGGGAGGUGAAAGUAAAAAAGUUAGGGAAAUAAAAAUAAUUAAUAAAAAGUUAAAUAAAAAUCUUUAAAAAUAUAUCUAAUGAAACUAUUAGUAAUGAACCUAACUGAUAUGAUAUCAGAAUUCAAGGUAAAAGUCUAGCAUAUGAUUUUUGAGAUGUUGGGAUUGAACUGUUUUUAAUGGACAGUUUCUCAUCCACUAAAUGUUCCACAUUGUUUAUGUUGAUGAUUUUUGGGUAAUAUAUAUGUGUAUGAGCAAUUUUUCACUUAUGAGAUAGCUUUUGGGUAUAAGUUAGACUCAUCACUAUUAUAACACGGGUUUAACUCAUACCUAAAAACUAGUUCAUGAGUGGAGGAUUGUGAAUACACGUACGUAUAUAUAUUACCCAAGAAUCAUCAACAUAAGUGACGUGUGAUAUUUAAUAGAAAAAAAAAUAAGAGUUUCUUCUAAAAUCAACAAAAUAUUAUAUACAAAAAGCAAAAAGUUAGGUUUGAAGUUUGAACCGAUACAGACUAUAAUCCAAUACACAAGUUGAUGUUUGCUUGUUAACUAAAUGAAUAUAUUUGGAAAUAUGUGUCAAUUGAAUGGGAGUCACUUUUGUACAAAUCACACUGUUAUAGAAAGAUCAUACAUUACCUGUUGGCAUUAAUCUGUGAAACUAAUAAAUCAGAAUUUAUACACUUCUUUUUGCAACGGAAAUGCAUUCAUAAGGUCGUUUCAUAGAAUUGAUGAUAAAUUCACAAACCGACAAUUUUUUUGCCUAUAGAGGUAAUGAGGUAUUAUGUGAAUUGUAUCGUUGGUAUUGGUAAAAUCAAAGUCAAAUGUUAAAAUAAAAGUCACAGUGAGAAUAAAGUAAGAACAAUCAGUACUUUCAGGUGCUCGAGAAAGACCUUUGAAAAGUCAUUGUGCUCGGAAAGAACUUUAAACCAUGUCACUGCACUCAGCAUGAUCUACUUUUCUAGAACCAAAAACCCAAAUAAGAUACACUUUGGAAAGAACAAAGCCUAACGAAAGAUGCAAGAUAAAGAGAUAAAUGGCGUCCACUACAACGAUAAUCACAAAGCCGGGCAGCCCUGACAAUAACUAUAAGAAGGCAUGAACUUUAGAGUUUUAUUUUUUGGAUGAAUUUAGAGUUCAAGAACACUGAGGUCCAUGUUGACCAUGAGAAUACCAUACCUUACCUAGUGUCGGUUCUGAUGGGAACCGAACCACAAAAGACACUAGCUUCCAAUCCACCAAUUUAUUUUUUGAUAAACAAGAUUUUAAAAGAAAUUACUCGUGUCUAUGUUAUUUUAAUGAAAAUUUCAAAAAUCGGUAAAAGGACAACUUUUUGAAAUUAUUUGUAGCUUGUAAAAUGUCAAGUAAGGCACUGGCCAUACCUUACAACUUUCUUGAUAAAACCGGGAAGUAAUAUAUAUUAUAUAUAUGCAUAUAUUAAGGGGACUAUACUUUGCGUUUAUUGUUUGUUGUAUAAUUUCAAAAUAUCACGAAGACCAAAAAAUCAAAGCUGUAAACCCUAUUACUUGUCAGCCACGUAGCCUAACUGUAAACGUUAAAUUCUAGUCAAGGACAUUCAAACCACAUAUAUGCUUUAAAGUGGAACUGAAAUAAUAAUAAUAAUAUAAAUAAAUUGAUGCUUUUUGGUCGUGCCCUACUGCUCUCCACAAUCACAAUAGCUUAUGAAUAUUAUUGAUAUUUUUUUUUUGAUCAAAGCUUAUGUAUAUUAUUUAAGAAAAUUAUUAUGUAUGCAAAUUGGUAAGGGUGUCCCACUUGGAAAAACAUGUCGGGCAAACAUUGAGCUAAACUGGCUCUAUCCUGCAAGCGUAUGGCCAACUUUGAGAGUGGGUCAUAAGAUGCCAAUGAACAAAAAAAAUUCUCUCGAGCAUUAUUGAAUUUGAACAUGUGUAACUGUUUUUCUUUUCUUUUUGUAAUGCUUUCUUGUUGAUUAUUUUUGGGCUUUUAAAUUUACACUGCAGUUUUAAAAGAAAAAAUAUAUAUUUUAUAUAACAAAAAUAUAUAUUUUCUAUAAUCUAAGUGCAGGUAGGAAAAUGUGACUUGGAUGAGCUGCACAAAUCAUAGUGAAUUGACAAUAAAUUAAGAGUUUUUAGUGAAGUUUGUAUAUGCUUAAAAGUUAGAAAGCAGAGAAAUGCAGAAUCACUUUUUGAUUAGGUUUUGGGUUUAUUGUUUGUGAUCCUAGCGUUUGUCUUCCUGUAUCUAUAGAAAACAUUAUCAUGUAAGGAAACUUAUCAAAAACUUUCAGUGAUUUUCAAAGGUUAAAGUUAUGUGGAACAUAUUUAUAUAUAUGGAACGUAUUUAUAUAUAUAACAGAAGUUAGGAUUUUUCUAUAGUAAUGUCCCAUAAAAUGAAUAAAUCAGAGCGAGCUAGAAGAGAAAUAUUACAUUUUCUUACCAAAGUUUGAGAUAACAACUAUUCUCCUUGUAACGUUCCGAAUGCUAGAGUUUGCGAACGGUUUACUCCUAUAUAACUAACAGUCCCAAGCAUUCUCGUCAUGGAGAAAAGCUUCAUGCACCUAUUUCAUACACUUGAAGGAAGCUUACCCAUAAAGAUUGGUUCAAAGUCUUUAAGACUUUUAUAAUCAAGAAAUAUAAAAAGAACUCACUUGAUCCAAGGAAAGAGAAGGUCAUCACCAUCGUAAUCAUCAUUAUCCUCAAUCAACAUUCUGAGAAUCAUAUAUAAAUGAUCGAUACUGCUGAAACCAAAGAGGAUAGAUGUGAAAGUUAGAAGCUUUACCUCUCUUUCUCCUUGAAUUUCUCAAGAUUGAGACUUACCUAUUUAUACUCUGAAGAUUCACACAUUGGAAUUAAGGUGGAGGCAUUCAAUGUAAAAUCGUGUGAAGAGUGGAGAGUUGAUGUUAAUGAGGGCGUUAAAGACAACGCUUGAAUUCAGACGGCUUCUGUAACGUUAGGGGAUUUCUUUCGCAGGCAAGUACAAAACCAUUCGAUAAGACAGCGGUGCUAGAUUCUAACAUGGGCGGAAAUAAAUCGAUCACAAUAACACUGACCAAGAUUCGACGCCGUUAGAAUGAACUUGGCUUUGGACUUCGGAUGCGACGAUCAUCAGUGUAACGAUGGGUCUCGAUUGAACGGUUUUAUGGGCCAUGUAUAUCGAAAGAAUCACUUAUCUAAAUACCUAGCCCACCAAGAAACAUCCGAGAAUUUAAGUUUAGAAAUAAUGCCACAUGUUACUCUCUCCUCUCCUAUUUAAUGAUGUCCCAUCACCAUAAAUAUUAUUUUAAUAUAUAAACUAAGAGUUAAUCCGCUUUACAAACAAAUCUAUUUUAAUUUUCAAAUGUUAAUUAUAUAACUAUUUUUCUGAACGUUGUAUUCUGAACAACAACAAAAUUCUGAAUUGUAUGUUUGUCUGAAUACAUAUUUUCUUAGAAAAUAAUAUAUUUUUCAGUUAGAUGUUUGAUAUAGUUUUCCAUUUUUUAUAUUGUAUAUUUAUUAUUAUUUUUUAUACAAUUCUCUCAAAUAUCUAUUUUUAAGUUUUUGCAAAAAAUGGCAUUUAAUAAAAAAAAUGAUCAAAAUAGCUCUUUUUAUUUUGAAAAUUUUAAUAUUAAUUUUUUAAUUUUUAAUAUUUAAAACCAUAUCUUCAAAACCCCACCCCUUAACUCUAAAUCAUAAGUCUAGAUUAGUUAAACCUAUGGCAUAAAUGUAUUUUUACUCUUUACUAAAAAUAGUUUUGGUUAUUUUUCUCAUUGCGAGAUAUUUUUAUGACAAAAAUUUAAAAAAUGCUAUCCUAGAUAAUUUCUCUGUUUUGUAUAUUUAUUUAUUCUAAUUUUCAUAUUUUAUAUCAAAUGAUAAUAUUAUAGAUGUUUAAUGUAAUAUUUUUAUUUCUUAUAUUGUAUUUUUACUUAUUAUUUAUUUAACUAUAAAAUCUACAUUUUUGUACGUUUGAUCGGGUUUCCCUGUGCACUAGAAUGUAUUCUCUAUACUAUUAUUCUUUUUUUUAAUUGGAACUCCAAAGUAUUCUUGAACACCAGCAGAACUCCAUAACUAUUAUAACUCACCAAAGUGACCAAACAAAAGUAUACCAAGUUUUAGAUGCAAAGCCAGAGUAAAUCCUAGGGUUGAUCUUAUUUUGUCAUCUGAGGAUUUCACUUAGACGACAAUGAAAAUAGUUCGUUAUAAAAACUCAAUCCAUCCUACAGUAAAAAGGAUUGAUCAACAAAACAAGACUAAAGAAACUAAAGUCGGAUAAGAACCAGAGACAAGAGUCGGACAUUCCAGGAGGCAAAAACCAAACAUACUUAAACGUAAAGAAAAACACCUUCACUAUGCAGCAUAGACGAAACUGAAGCCAUAUCAAUUCCACCUUUGCGGAUGAGCGUAGAGAAGCCAUCAACAUAGACAUCCAAAGAAGCCGGAAGCUAUUAUCAAGACCGAAUAACGACUUCACAAGAGAACCAAUCAACACUGAUCCAACCUGUUGCUUGAGAGAUAUGAAAGAAGAGGCAUCCAAACCCAUGGGAUCGAAGAGAACCCCUUACCCAAACCAGAACCAUUCCGAAGGAGGAAUUAAUUUGCCGCGUAGAACACAGAUGGAGCGACAGGAACCAAUGACACAAAUCAUGAUGUCGAGAGUAAGAAUCCAAAGAUGUCGGAGAAGGGAUAGAAACAAGAGCCAUAACAAUAAGGAUAUAGGACAAAGACCACAGGGUCAAGACUUGAACCUAUAAUCAUCUCCACCUUGACAUAACAGAGAGGCUUCAACCGCAACGCCAAGAAACAUGAAACUGAAGGCAACACAGACCUACGAACCCCUAAACAGAAUGACUAAAGGACCAAAAUCCACUCAUUUAGGAUAACGGGAUAAAGUUUAUUCCAGUGAAUGAGCAAAAGACAAGACAAAGAUGGGAGAACCUUCUAACCGUACGGAACAGGUACGGUGAUCAUUGAUGAAAUCGUUGACUCACAGAGACAAACCUUAGCAACGCUUCAAGAAAUCUGAAGGAGGAACUAAGACUCCACAUCAGAGCCCGCUUAGUACUACAUUGCGCACCAUAGAUUCGGAUAUGUUCAAACCAACAAGCAAAUCAUUGGGACCACAACGGAAACAAACCACCUCUGAUCACCAUCCCAAAACUGUCAAAAACCUCAAAACGACCAGAGAAACCUAUUACAAGACAAUACAUACCAGUCACAACACCUACUCUACUCGCCGGGAGCCCAAAAGGGCACACCAAUUUCAAUCGGCAAAACACGUGUUUUUAAAAAGAUAAGGAUCCAGGGUUUUUUUGAAGAAAAUUAGCUUUUACAAAAUGUAAAAUAAUUUUAUCUAGCUAACACACCGAAACAGAUUAUUGCAACAAAACAUCCCUAUCAUAUUUGGCGAAAAAAAACUACUAAUUUAUUAAAUCUAAACAUCGAAAACUUUAAGAAAUUUGGACUAACGAACUUUCAAAAGAUCUGUGACGUCUUUUACAUGUUUUAAAAGCUGACGCUGAAUUACCCGAUCUAGUUUUAACUUUUUCAUAUGAGAGUUUCCUUGUCACAUACUAGUAUUUACUUUUUCAUUAUGUUUGAUUGUAAAUUUAAAUAAUACAGAAAGUGUCUUCUUUCGUGUGAUUUGUUGACACAGAACGGCCAAUCGCAAUUCGAAACGUUGAAAUUAGUACUAAAUGCUGGCUCUGUAUUUUGCGUCCCACUCUCAUUAUGAGAUUCCAUUACGACUUUUCUAUUUCAUCGAAUUUUCUUUCUUUUUCGUAAUUUUUUAAUUUUCCAAAGUAACAGACUCUCUAUCUCUCGUCAGAAGAAAACUUUCAAAGAAACUUAAAAACAAAAAUAUCGAAUUUUGGACCUGUAUAAUAUAAUAUUUGGACAUGAAAUAGUAUUAUGUCCCAUUUUUUAAGCAUACAAGGAUGAUAUCCAAAAAUGGGGGGAAACACACUACAAUCCCCAAAACAUAGCCCACAAACGGAAUUCUCAAACUCAAAACAAUAAUUACAACAAACACUAGAUGAUACUACAUUCUUAUAACCGAAACGGAAGACAAUCCUUGCGAAGAAUAAUAGAAAUAAAUCAUCUAGUCAUUGAACAGUUGGCAUUCUUGUCAAGAACCAACCAAGUACAAGAGAGAGUAAGUGAUGAAGUGGCCAACACAACAACACCGGACCACAAAUACAAGAGAGAGUAACUGAUGAAGUGAGAGCAUUAUGUUUCAUUAUCAUUAGUAAAUUUAACAUCCAAUAAGAAAAGGAAAAAGAGGGACGAGAUAGGACAUGGAUGCAUGGAUGGGGGGUCCGGAAUAGAGUUGGUCCAUGCCUCUAUCCUUUGAGCCCACCGAUCACGUGGCAAGGAGUGUCCCUUUGUACACUUUUACUGAAACCACCAUGGGGUGUCACGUGACCUACCAUUGGGUCGAUCCACCCCACCUCAUUGGAGCCACAUUUUCGCCUUUAUUUUUUAUCCAUCUAAUUUGCUUUCCUAGUCAAAAGUAUGGAUGGCUAGUCCAAUUAGGAACAUUAAUUUACGUUGAAUAACUCUUUUUACAAUCCAUUUAGUAACAAUAUAUUGUAAGGAAAAUCAAGGAAGGAAUUGUGAACGUCAAUCUCUGGAUUGUUAUUGGUUGUUCGUUUUGAUUCCUUCGUUGUAUUUUUUUCUUUUUUAACUUUUUGGAAAUGUUUUAGCAGUUUGGUUUUUUUUGUGGCUCUUGUCUUUCAAUUAUAACCGUCGCCUAUAUUUUUCUUUCAAGCGGUCGUGAGAGUGGCUUUCUUCUUAAAAAAAAAAACAUUUCGUGCCAUAUGUUUUAGCUAAAUUUUGUUCUGUCUACAAGGACAUAUUGCGUCCGUUGUGUUCUUUGCUGGGCUGUUUGCUUCCGAAUAGUUUUUGUCCAUCAGUUUUUUGUGUUAAGUUUUUGAUAUUAUCUAAUUUUGUAAUAAUUGUUAGAAUAAUGAAAUUUCAAUGGAAAAUAGAAAGGAAAAAAUGUACUGAAAUAUCAGAAUGAUUCGACUGGAACACGUCAUAAAUGGCAUGUGGCCAACAAUUUGUUCACUAGAUCCACACCUAUCUAUGUCAGACUGUACGGAUUUGGGAUUUCUUUCAGGUGAACUGGGCCUAAUGCGAAUCUCCCCUUUUGAUACUUCUAGUCGACAAACAUUUUUCUUUAAUCUCGUGUUCCACAAUAAAUUUCACAUCAUGAGCAUAUCCACUAGAAAAAGAUAUGGUUCCCGUGUUACAUAUUUUCCGUUGAGUAAAUAAUUGAUUUUUGCAAGUAACAAAUCAUGAGCAUAUCCUCAUUAGAAUAUGUAUUUUAAUUUCAGAUACUCAAGUAACUAGGGUUUUUAUUGACAAAUAUUUGAUUUUUGCAAGUAACAAAUCAUGUCAAGUAACUUGUAAGUAUUAAUUUUGUUUUCGGGUAUUUUAUAUAACGAAUACUUGAUUACUCGGAAAAGCUAAACCAAAUAGCAAAUAUUUGAAAUUUAGCUGGUAUUUGGCAGUGCCCAGCACUUACUGGCAAGUGAUUAUGGAACAAUAGGUACAUCAUACUAUAUUCUAGUGUUAGUCGAUUAAUAAUAAUUGCGGUAAACUUUUUCUUCAUAAAGUUUACAAGUAUAUGCAUUCUUUACCCUAAACCAAGCAACUUUAUCGGGAAAGAAGUGGACGAUUAAUAUAAGCCAACAUAAAUAAAAUGUAUUCAAACAAUCACUUAAACUAAAAAUCGAGAGGAUGUCAAAAAAAAAACUUUUUCUUAACAAAGUACUUCUAAUUAUCAAUUUAUCAGCUAUAUAUAUAUCCCUCCAUAACUUAUAAAAUAAUAUUAAUCUGGUCAAAUUUAAUAGUUACAAGAUUUUCAUCUGUACGAAAUCAUUUAGUAUAAAAUUUUAAUUUGUCAGAUAUUUAUCAUUUCAAAUAAUAUAUAUUUCUAAAUGUGUUUUAAAUACAUAAAUAUUUUGAUUUGUUUUAUGUAUACUUAAUUAAAUCUGAUUUUAAGGAAGCCUUCCGAAGUUUUUUUGCCCAAAGUGGUACAAAUUUUGGAUAUGUAUUUUGUGUUUUAUAUAUUAGAUUCUAAAAGUUAUAAAUUCAACCUAAUAUGAUUGUUUUGUUUAUUAUUUAAACAUUAAAAAUUAUUUUUGAAGUUUUUUCUGUUUUGAAACCAUUUGAAUGCUUUUGCAUAUGCAGAUUUUUUCCAGAUUUGAGUCAGAUUUUGGAAGACUUCUCAGAAGACUCUUCGGGAAGUCUUUCGAAAUCUUCUGCCCAAAGUGGUAACUCCAUGUGUAAUAGUUUUGUUUAAGGUCUAUUUUAUGAUUUGUAUGUGUACUAUUUUAGUUAUGGAUUAUUUUGUAAACUUGAAGAGAUGUUAACCAAAAGAAUUUGGUAAAUAUGUUCACGUUUUUGCCACAAGUACUUGACAUUAUUGAAGUUAUUGAUACAACAUACCUGAAUUUUUUUUAACCAUUCUACUCAUUUAUAACAAAACAUAACAACGCAAAAACUUAGUCAAAUUUACUAAAACUAAAAAAAAAUAGUUCACAAGAAAACUUAGUCAAAUUCACAAAAGAUAAAAUUUAAACUUUAAGUGAAAGUUGAAAUUUCAAAUCUCAUGUAAGUUAAAAAUUAUAUUUUAUGAUCUAAAAGACAUAUUAAACCACAUGACUUGAUAUUAUUGAAGUUACUUAAUACUUUUGAAAAUUAAAACAUACUUUGAAGUUACUUAACACUCUUCAAAAUCUAACGUAGAAGACUUUUUAAGAAGAACUUCUUAAGAAGUCUUUUCGGAUUAGGUAGAAACAUUAGUAAACAUAAAUAUUUGAAAUCUCAUAAUUAUCACCAAGCAAGUUAUGAUUUCACCCAUGAGUCCUAAUAUUGACUAAUACACAUGAAUGAAUAAGCUUAAAAUAUCAUUUUCUUUCAAGGUUUCGUAUUUCCCUCAAAAAAUCCGAUAAAGAGAUUAAUCAAUAAAAAAAAUCAUACAUUAUAUAUAGAAGAUUUACACAUUGUCUUUUUCUUUCUCAAACGAACACAAGGCUAAACCGAAUCCUAAGCUUAUUGAACCAAAUCCCUGAUCUCCAAACCUGUUUAAGACCUUUUUAUCUGAUCUCUUAAACAAAAAUCUAAUUUUAUUUCUCUUAAACUCUAUAUCCUCUCCAAACUUGAUGACGCAAAACUUUAUAUAAACUGCUCCUCUCUUUGUUUUAUGUAUUUCUUACAAUUUUUUUUGCAUAUUUUUCAUUAUGUGGUUUUGCUUGUAAAAAGGUAGAUCUGUAGAUUUUUGAAGUGCAUUUUUGUUUUAUUGUGUGUCAAAUUCGAAUAAAACUAUAUAUUUAAUUUAAUGUGAUUGUUUUCUUAUUAUUUGAACUUGAAAAGAUUUAUCUUUGACAAUUUUCUCUGUUAUGAACUAAUUUUCAACGUUUUGGAUAUAGAAUUUUUCAAGAUUGAGGGCAAUAUAUCAUACUUCAUUAAUAGAUGUGAUUAGUAGAAUUCACUCGAACUAGUCUGCAAAAGCUGGUAAGAUCUCAUUUUUACCAAAAAAAAAAUUGUGUGCUAAAUCCAAAUUAAGUUAUUUAUUCAAGUCAAAUUUGAUUGUUUCUUAUUAUUUUAGCUUUAAAGUUCUGUCUUCUUUCAUGGUUUCAUCUCUCCCUCUAAAAAGUAAGAUAUAGAUCUUUAGAUUUUAGAUAUUUUUAUUUGUUUUUUGUGUGUUUAUAUCUGAAAAAAAUAUUUAUUCAAACUCAAUGUGAUUAUAUGUUUUUAUUAUUUUUUUUUCGAAAAUUUCUAAUUUCGAACAAUAUUUUAUAUUCAAAUUGUUCUUAUCUUUUUUGGAUAUGCAGAUUCUUUAGACCCUCAAAAUUUUCAGAUAUGAAUUUGAUGCAGUAGAAUUUAUUAGCAGAGCUCAUUAGUACAUUUAGUUAGCAGCUUUCGGGCAAACUUUAUAUGUUGACUUCAUAUAAGUUAUCAAUAUAAUAAAUAAUUAAGAAAACUCCAAAAAAAUAUUUUGAGCUAUAUAUUUUAAAAUCAGAUUUAUUUUGUAAUAAAUUAUUUCCAUAAAAUAUUUGAUUGUAAAUUAUUCUUGAUGCAAUAUUAUCUAACUUGUAUGUGUUUGGAGUCUUGUAGUUUAAUAUUUUGUAAGAUACUAUUAAACAUCAACUUUAUAUGUUAUGUUAGAGUGAAAAAUUAAAAGGAUAUAAUGACAUUUUUGUAAAUAGUUGAUAUGUUAGAGUGGAAAUGUCAAAAUGUUUUUCUCUACUUUACUAUUUUUCAAGUAUGUGAAUUUCUUUCUAUGAAAUGGAAAGGAGAUUAUAUCUAAAAAUGCUUCAAAAAACAAAUGCCUAUGGAAGAAUCUCCAAAAACGAUAAAUAAAUACCCUUACAUACAAAGUAAGAUCCACAUUCUCUAGGAAAAUUUUAAUUUUAUCACAAGUUUGAAAUUACUUUUAAAUGAUAAAUAUUUUUCUAAAUAUUAUAAAUUUAUGAUGAAAAAUUAAACUAACUCUCUUUAAUCAUUUAUAAAUGUUUAAUAAUCAUUUAUAAAGGUUAUAAACCCGACGCCACCCACUAAUAUAUAGUACACCAUAAAAAAAUAAUCACUAACCCUAAAUUCAAAUGUCAAUGUAUUUUUGAUUAAAAGUAUUUUUGAAAACUGCUUGCUAACUUAGAGUAUUUCAAACAAUAUCUCAGUUCUCUACUAUACUCAAUAAUGUAAGAUUCAAACUUCUAUGAAUAAUAAGUACCACUGGAAACACAAUAUGCUAAAACUAGGAGGCCAAGUUCAAAUAUACCAAAACUCGAAUAAUAGUCGAUUAUUUUAAACUAUGCAAUAUACCUGAACAUUUUGUUGGUUACAGAAAUACGAAAAAAUAAUUCAGUUGUCCUUUUUAUUUUUGCAAGAUGAUGUAAUAAAAAUGUUUUAGGGAAUCAGUUUGCAAAUAAGUUUCUUAAAAAAAAUCUACGCCGUAUUUUUACUGUUAUCUUUUACUAUCCAUGAACAGUAAAUCUUUUACUAUCCAUAUCCAUGGACAGUAAACUUUUGACCACUUGUAAAUUGAACCAAAAAACUUUAUUUAUCUUCUAUUUGCAUGCAAUAAUUAGUUUGUUCAAAAGAAAAUAAGUUGGAAUGUAAACAAAAAAAAAGAAGAAGUGGGAAAGUGAGAUUAUUCCAUCACAAGGUGGACUCCAAGACGGUAGCGCCCCUUCUGCCAAUCCACUCUCUACCCAACAUUUUUUUCUUGUUAAUAUAUAUCUUAUGCCCCAUUAAACCAAUCCAGAAAAUUAACAUUUUGUCACAAGUAUAAAGCAUACAUUAUAUAAUUUAUUUAUUUAUUUUAUAUACACACACACUUCUCUUGUAUAUUCACACAAAGAUGUAUGCUUUCUCUUUGUCUCUCCUCUCUCCUCUCUCUCCAUCUCUCUGUUUUAGAUCUCAUCAGGUCUUCUCUGCUUAGUAUGUGGCUUCCACGAUCUGGUAACAUGUAUUAUAUACGUCAUACUUUUUUUUUUUGCAAAUCAAAAUUUGUGUUGUUUUGUUUCAUUUUACUGUUUUAGCUGUAUAAAAUACCAAGUUCAGACUUCAGAGUGUAUUCAAGAUUUUUCAUUCUCCUCUCUCUCUUAGGGUUUCGCUUCUUCUGUUUUUUUUUCUUUUUUUGGUCUGGUUCCAAUUAAGUAGAAGAGAGUAAAAUAGACGUAAUUACUUUACAUCUCAUCCAAUCAUAACAAGCCAUCUCAACUAUUCCACAAUCUUUAUCCUCCUAUAUAUACAUAUAUAUACAGAUAUAUAGUAUAUACGAUUUGCAGGGUCUAUAAAUAAGGAGGCUAAAUAUUAACUAUUUAGAGAAAUAUGUCAGUGUUAGUCAUCAAGUUUGAGUUUGUGAGGCAAAAGAUUACGUACGAGAAGACUGUUAGACGAAACUGAAGAUUAAUUUCUGGAGCCACGGUCGUUGUUUGCUGCUGUGGCAUCAUCAAGAUUCACAUCCGUUGAUGGACGGUGGUGGUUCACUCUACCCAAAGUUCUCUUGUGAAAAUGGGAAUCUUGAUGAUGCUGCAUCGGUAAUCAACGGCUAUCCUUUUCCUCUCUCUUUUUUAUUAAAAUCGUAGUUUUUAAUCGAUCCAGAUCUUCUUCAGGUGGGUCUUGUCUGCUUGAAUUCUUUUUUUGCUUUAUUCUUUUUUAUGUUAACCUAUUCUCUCCACAUAUAACUUUUUGAUACAUAAAGAUCUGACCAGAAUCUCAAGUUUUUCGCAGUAAUUUUCAUGUUGCUAGCUUCCUUUCACACAAUAUACGAGUGGAUCCACGAGUUUUCUUCUAUCCAUAGGUGAACAAGAGUCAUAUCACCAAUUGAUCUAAUUAAGGUAAUUAUGUUAUUGCCAAUCUCAGCUUGGAUUUCCCCAACAUCAAAAUAUUCUUUCUUUAAUAAAAAACAAUAAAAAUGGUAAUGAUAUUGGAAGUUGAGAUAAUAUAAAAGGGUCUAUAUGAAAGUAUUGGUUUCUAGCAAAGAAAGGUUUCCAAGAUACACUGUCAAUUCUUUUUUUUUUGUUGGUUGGUGUUAGCUAAUACAUUCAAACUGAGAAUCAAAAAGGAACUUGUUGGUGGACCUUACACAUUGUAGAUCGAUUAGGCAUAUUCAGCCCCACCUAUUUUGUCCCCUCUAUUUACAUACUUAGAUGUUCUUCUACAUAUGCAAAAUGGAGCAAAACUACUUUCAUUUUUUUUGCUUAUUUUUAAUAUGAUAAUACUAAGGUUGCCUAGUAUAAUCUUUAUCAUCAUACAUAUAUCUAUAUAUUGAUGAAUUGGAUUCAGACAAAACCAAUCCAUCGAAAUGAGUUUGUGGUUUUUACUAAGAGGAAAAAUCAGCUGUAGAAACAUGGCAUAUUUAUUGUCCAAAUCAAACUCUAAAUAAUCGUCCUCUUUUUUUUUCGGUUUAAAACGUAGUACAUGUAAUUAUGUGUUUAGUAAUGUAUUAGUUAUGUCAUGGAGAUUUUGUGUCUCCCUCCGCACACAUUUAGUUAUUCGAAAAAUAAAUAAAAUCAUUUGAGGCAUAUCUAUCAUUAUAAAUCAAAUGGUUUGGAACAUGCCAGAGCUUUGGAACGGGUUGCAAGGAUAUAAUUGCCAUGAUUAAAGAGCUCCAUGUUUAACCAAGCUUUGUAACAUAAUUAGAGAGGAUAAAGACUCUGUAGAUAUGCUUUCCGGAUUUCAAUCCACGAGCGCAAAAUUAUAUUUCUGAUUCUCUAGCUAGAAUUGCACGGUCUUUCAAUAGAGAGCUUUAUUUUAUCGGUUCUUCUAUUCCGAUCUGAUUAUCCAGACUACCUCAAGUUUGAGUAAUAGAAUAACCGUUCGUUGUAAAAAAAAAAUCAAAUGGUUUUUGAUAUAUAGGAUGAUCCCUAAACUGCAUCCAGUUAUCACGGUACAUAAGUGUAGCGAAAUUAUUCUAUCUCAUUCAUGUAAUGCCCCAUGACCACCAUUUACAGAUUAUGAUGAUCUUUAAUAAGCCAGACAGACCAGUAUAUUUUCAUUAUCUUUUCUGUAUUAGCAAUUGAAAUUUUUUUUUAUGAAAUGUAUUAAUCUCCAUAGUCUUUUUUACAUGCAUAUCCUAUGUAUUUGUUAGAACUACCAAGUGAGGAUAUAAGCUAUACAAGCAUGGUUGAGUUUAUGAUAUGUUUUGUUUGGAUAGUUUCAUGUGUUCUGGUUAUCUUCGCACUCAUCUAAUAACUAUUAAUGCUAUUAGAACAUUUUAUGUACAAAUUCAAAGAAGAAAUUCAUUAGAAUCUGUACGCAUCUAGAUCCGUCAAAAAUUAGAUGGUAUAUAAUGAAUGGCUUGAAGGGGUGAAUAUAUGUGUGUGGUCCAUUCCGAUUGAAACUAAACGCAACUCUGGGUAUGUGAGGACCAUUUCUUUAUACUGUGUACUUAUUAUUCCCAAUUUUCUCAAACUUUAGGCACUUAAUGUAUUCGUAUCACCAAAUUGACCUUUUGUACACUAUUUAGAGUUUUACAUGAUAUAUUCUUUCGAAUAUUUUGUAUGGCUAGGAAUUUUUGAAAGUAAUAUCCACAAUUUUAUGCAAAUUCAAACAGUUUGUUCGACAAAUAUAGCACUUUAAUGUCACAUUAUUAUGUGUUACAAAAAAAAAGUGUUACAAAAAAAUAAUGUCACAUUAUUACCUUUAGAUAUCAAUAGUAUAUGAUGAGACGGUUAAGUUUUUGAUUUGAGAAAUAUAUAUUACUGACUACACACUCUCUUUUGUAUUAUCUCUUUCUGAGUCAAAAAUUUCUAAAUAUAAUUAUGUGAUUGUUUCUCUUUCUAUUUCUAGCUCUGACGAUACUUUUUAAGUAUAAUAUAUUUUGGACCUUACUAUGGUGGAAAUGAUUAAAGUUACAAAAUUUAUAUUAUCAAUUAAUUAGUCUUGGAACAACUUUUUUCUGUAGACGUCCCUUCUGUACAUUUGGAGAAUAUGAGUGUGAUUGGGAAACUGAUCAUUUUAAUUCUCAAAGAAUUUGAAUUUGACAAAUAAAUUCCCCGAAUCUGCAUUGACUUUGCAAAAUUGAACUUUUGAAAAGUCCACGUUGAACGGUUAACGGAAAACGUUAAGUCUAAUUGUGUGGCCCUCUUUUAAUCUUGUUCGACUUUCAUGUCUUCUUCCUCCUCAAAUCAAGCAACAUAAACCCUAAAUUAUCCAUUUUUAGCUUAUAGUAUAAAGGUAUUUUAAGAACUAUUUACUAUGUUUUGGAGUCUUUUAACAUAUUUACAGGCUCAUGAGUAUUUUAGAGAAAAAUAAUGAUUUGGGUGUAUUUUAAAGAUAAAAUGAGAAGAAACUCGUAGUUGACCAUCGAACCUGUCUAAGAGUUAACGAUCAGAGACAAACAUCGAUCAUGCAUGCCAUCGAUCAACAGUGAAGCGCACAAAACCUAGCUUGGUUUCCAGCCGGCUUAAAUCCCAAGUCACGACAUUUUUACAUAAAUACUCAUGGCCGACUUUUAACCUAAUAUUUAUGUGUUCAGCCAUUGUUCUAGGCAACACACGCUUUCAGCAAACAACAAUUAGGAUUUUUAGUAGAUUUGGAGAGAAGAUUCAAGACUCCUUCAGAGAUUUGUACUGGAACUCCAGUAUUUCUAACCUUAAUCUAUUUAUGCAUUUUAUUCAGUUUAUGCUUAUGAAUUGUUUUGCUAUGUCUGAGUAAUUCACUUGUUAGAUUUAGAGUUCAAAUAGGUUAAGAAGGAUUAGCCCAAAAUAUAGAAUUGCUAAGGUGAUAAAUAUCCCUCAACGAAUUGUGAUUAACGGGUUUGUUCUAAAGUAGCUAACUAGAUAUUUGAACUUAAGAUUAUGGACAACUACGAUGAUAGGUUCUGCACCAAAACUAAUUCCUUUGAGCUAGUAUUGCUAGAAACAAGGAAAAGUUGAUUUAGACAAUAUUAGUGAACAUAUUGAUCAACUCGCUAACGCCUGUUUAAGAGAAUAUUGAUUGACGUACUUACCAUAACAUCGAUCGACGUUCGAUCCGUAUCAAUAAGUGACAGCUGAGAUAUUGGACCGUUCCCAAACUCUGACCAAUUUGCAAGUUGAAGAAGAUUCGGAUCCAAGCAUGGAUGGGCUUGUUCCUUAAGAAAUUCCAGUGGAGAGGGAUAGGGAAAGGGAAAGGUGUCCUAAGAACAAACAAGUUGACAUUGAUGGGAUGAAGCUGCCUGUGGAGGAGUGGUACUGUGGAUGCUUCAAUAAUCAGGCUAGCGGAAGUGGUACCGAUCAGGUCCAUCCGCCGAUGUUCAAUGCUCCCGAGUUUGAUGCUUUCUUCAACUCUAUUGGGGCUAACUUCGAUACGCUCCCGACUGAUAGGGAGCCUGCCGGGUUGGACCAGUUUUUGAGAGCUUCGCGGAUGUGUAACGGGUGCGUCCACAUAAUGAAUGAAGCCCUUGCUGCGAGUCGCUUGGAAGAGUAUAAACGGAUAAGAAGUUUUAGAGUGGAGGAAUAGUUCUUGAUGCUACAGUUUUUGAUUGAUUAGGGGGGUAAUGCAAGAAGUGGCAUCAAACCUAAAGUCUUGUUGCGUCUUAUCACCUAAACACAGAAUUAGUAUUUUGAAUGCAGAAACAUUCCAAGUUUUAUUUUGCAAUCAAAAUAAUCAAAAAAGAUAAUUUAUUU